GUGUUAACAAAAGCGUCAUGUGUUGCUCUUGGAAACACUCGAUCCUUUACUUUUGCUUUUGGCGCCAACUCCGAUCGCAUUUUUUUCGUCUAAAUUGAAAAUUUCUCUGGUUAAGUAGUCAUUUUAGAGUCGAUUCAGAACCCUAGAAAAAGAGAGAUAGAAUGGCGUCGGGUGCCGGAAAGUGGUCGGCGGAACAGAUCGAUGAUUACGAGGCGUUAAUUUCGACGACCGAUGUGGAGCUCUUGAAGAGAGCAUGGCGUAAUGAGAAAGCGUCUCCUGAGAUCCUUCCUUUCGAGGAAGCUCUGCUUAAAAGAGCUAAAGAGCAGAUCCAGUUGAUGGAGGAAACAGUAGACGACUUUGCAGAAAGUGGUCAUGAUCCUCUCAUUGCAUCACUGUAUCAGAUGGACCUGGAUAGGGCUCAAUUUUUGCUGAGAUCUUAUCUUCGGGUUCGGCUGCAGAAGAUUGAGAAAUUCAUGUUUCAUAUCUGGAAAAUGGAUACUUAUAGGAACCGGCUUUCAAUAGAAGAGGAAAAGUUUACCGAAAGGUGUAUUCGUGAUAUUGGGAAACAUCUUGAAGAAACUGUUCUGUCAAAAUUGCCUGAUAAUUAUCAGUCUGUAUUAAAGCAGUCGAUUAUAAGUGAAGAAGAUGAUAUGGUUCCAGAGCCACAACUAGACACAUUUGUUGUUGCCAAAUGCGAGAGAGCAACAAAGCCUUUGUACCUUGAUGGCAGCAGGCAAUCUGCAAGCUUUGAUAGCAGGGAUGACCACUUUCAAAUGGUGCCUGGAGAUCUAUGCAUUUUGCGUUACAGGCCCUUUCAAGAGGAACUGAUGAGUGGAAAUAUCAGUUUAGUUUAAGAGCCUACCUAAUUUGUAGCAAUAGCAGCAAUAUAAAGACGGUAUAAAAAACUGAUUCUGACUUUUACAAUUUGUAAAUACGAAUUUGUUCUGCAUCUAAGAUUUCUGGGUACUUGGUAGUUGGUAGUUAGGCACGCUGUUGAAAUUUGGAACAUACAUGGUGAUGAGGAUUCUUUGAAAUUUAAGCUUCCAUGUCUAUGCA